AUGUUUCCUAUACCAGCUUUUGGACCGAUGAUACCUGCUCCUGGUCUUCUCGAGCAAGUCCAGUUCCGCGGUCGUCAAGCUUACGAUGGCCACCGGGCCAUGCUAGCAGUCCGACCACACAGCCUAGCUGACAUCUUGCCCGCGGUCUACGAAGAGCGCGAGCGGCUACAAUACGACGCUGAAAUGCUCAUCGACCGCUUCGUAUCAGAGUGCCCGGAAGUCUAUCCUCGAUGCCGAUUCAAUCCUCUGCGCGAAGAAGAGGUCCGAGAAGUCUACUACAUAACGCUUCGAGAACUGUCACGCUCUUCAAUAGGGUCCGCCAGUUUCGACGUCACUAGCAUCUGGCAACGCAGACUCGAGCGUCUAAUUGAAGUCGACAGGACAGAUGUUCGAGUAGCCAAUCGGUUCUUCUUCCAUCGCCGCAGCAAUCACCUUUUCAGGGCUCUGGCCGAGCUGUCGUACGUCAAUCAGAGUGCGAGAAUCGGACAUGUGUUAUACAGCUUCUUCGUACGCCACGCUUCACAGAUCGUGGCAGUCGAGACUUCAGCCACUAUUGGGCAAUGGUGCAACGCUAUUCUUCGAGCCACGAUGACCGAGACUCAAAGAGCUGAGUGCUUCAGGCGCGUCUACGAGCUCAGGCCCGAUCUUCCACAAAGUCUCAGAAGGCAUGGUCGCAGAGGCCAGCUCGUCGCGGAGUGUAUCGAAAGACUGUCGGUUGGCAUCAGUGCUGAGAGACGUACCAUCGGCCUUGACCGCCCACGCCUGGGCCUGAGAUCAAGCUCUGCUGGCCUGCUCGGCGAUGAUCUAUCCCUCAACGGUCUAGGCGGCCGCAGAAGUCCAUUCCGCAGGACCGGCUUGAUGUCUGGAGGUCUGAUUGGGAAUGAGCUUGACGAUCUGACUGAUGAUAUGUACGGCCUGAGGUCAAGCGAGCAUCGAAUUCAAGACGACUUGACCAACCAGCGCCUCUUAGAGUUGUCCAUGGGUCCUCGAUACGCUUCAAGGUUCAGCGACCCGCGCAGCGCCGACGACAUGAGCUUGUUGACGAUGGGAGAUGGUAUUGACGAUAUCUUCGGCGAACUGGACGGCAGUUCUGGGCUUUACAUCGACGACGGCCUUGAUCUACAUGGUAUCUAG